UCGCGCCCCGCCCGUUCAUUGCCGAUUUGACCGCAAGAGUGGAUCGACGCACUCUUGCUAACGUGUCUUCCUUAUCGCUCUUGCCAACUUUUUUCACUACAUAAACAAUUUUUUUAAUAAAAAAGUCACAAGAGUUAAACACGAACACAGUUCAACGAUACACCAAUAGAGUAAAUCGCGGUUCAAACAAUUACCGACGACCGAAAAGUUUACUGCAAAUUUCAAAGGCGGCGAUUUGCGGAGCGCAACUCGCUUUCAGUUUAAUUCACCUGUUCGGGAUUGUUUUCUAAAUUUUUUAUAACAAUUCUCAAGUUUUUUUUUAUUAUUACGUUGUGACGCUUUCGACGAUUUUUAUUAGACGUGGAGCGGGAAGGAAGCAAAAAUGUCGAAAAAACAUCUUCACAACCAAGCUGCUAUACCGUUAGCCCCAGCAGUAUUUAAGAAACCUCAAAUGCGGCCGAUGAUUGCCGAAUAUGAUCCCAAGAAAAAAGGAGUCAGAAAUGACUUGUCUGAUCUUGUUAUGGUCAAGUAUAAAGUUGACCCGAAUGAGAUCCCUGUGGAACAACAGGCGGGGUCAACCCUACCUCUCAUGGAGAUACCGGGUCGAGAUGUUGAAGCGGAUGAAGAUUAUAAUCCAUUUGAACACCGGAAACUGGCUCAUCCUACAUCGGACAUGGAUACCUUAAUACAUCUUCUGAAAGGUUCGCUCGGUAGUGGUAUUUUAGCAAUGCCGAUGGCGUUCUUGAAUGCUGGUCUCUUCUUCGGUCUGGUGGCCACCUUCCUCAUCGGUGGCAUCUGUACUUACUGCGUUCACGUUCUAGUAAGAACAUCGCACGACUUGUGUAGAAGGAUACAGAAACCGUCGCUCGGUUUUGCUGAAACUGCAGAGGCUGCAUUUCUAUCUGGACCGCCGGCUGUGCAUAAAUUCUCGAGGCUAGCAAAGGCUAUGAUCAAUUGGUUCCUAGUUAUAGACUUAUUGGGAUGCUGCUGUGUGUACAUCGUUUUCUUCUCGAAGAAUGUAAAGCAAGUAGUGGAUUACUACGCUACGGGAAGUGACUGGCAUGAUAUAGAUAUCAGAGUCUACAUGGCUACAUUAUUGCCGUUCCUUAUAGCAAUUAAUAUGAUCAGGAACUUGAAAUACCUAGCACCAUUUUCGAUGAUUGCAAAUCUUCUAGUUGGAACUGGCAUGGGAAUUACUAUCUAUUACCUGUUCCAAGACAUUCCAAGCAUUCAAGAAAGGUCACCUUUUGCUGGAUUUGAGCGACUACCUAUGUUCUUCGGUACUGCUAUCUUUGCUUUGGAAGGCAUUGGUGUUGUAAUGCCACUUGAAAACAAUAUGAAGACACCAACUCACUUCAUCGGAUGCCCCGGUGUUUUGAACACUGGCAUGUUUUUUGUGGUCUCCUUGUAUGCUUUUGUUGGAUUUACUGGCUAUUUGAAAUACGGAACCAAUACUAAGAGCAGUAUUACUUUAAAUUUGCCAGAAGAUGAAAUUUUGGGCCAAUCUGUGAAGUUGAUGAUUGCUGUUGCAAUUUUCUUCACGUACAGCCUUCAGUUCUACGUCCCCAUGGAAAUCAUUUGGAAAAAUGUACGUCACUGGUUUGGUGCUAAGAAGAAUCUCGCUGAGUACAGUAUUAGAAUCGCUCUGGUUAUUGUAACAGUGGCAAUUGCUAUUGCUAUUCCAAACCUUGGACCAUUCAUUUCACUUGUUGGUGCUGUCUGUCUUUCUUUCCUGGGGUUGAUAUUCCCCGCGGUUAUUGAAACUGUCACUUACUGGGACCGACCUAAUGGUCUUGGUCGUUUCAACUGGGUGCUUUGGAAAAAUACCUGUCUUAUCUCUUUCGGAAUUCUAGGAUUCCUGACAGGUUCCUACGUCAGUAUUCUUGACAUUAUUAAAGGCGAAGAAUAAGAAUAGCAACGCAUGACCACUUUUUAGAAUUACAGCUUAAAAGCGAAAUUAUUAAGGGCUAAGAACAUUAAUAAUAAACCUGCUUUUAGUUCUGUAUCUCGUACUUUUUUGUAUUUCGGUUUAUACUGUAAAAACAUAACUGACUAUUAUGUCCUAUCUUUAUGUAUUGUUGCGAU